UUAUAUUUCACAGUAACACAAGCUAGGGGUUCAGACGAAGCGGCCUCGACGUGUUGCUUCGAAGUUCUCCUCUGGACUCUUGUUCUAAAGUUUUCGCCUGGCACAUAUUGCAGAGACUGUGAAGAAUGCUGGGCCCGAGUACUUCAACUCGUCAACACGUUUGUCUUUGGAGGAUCUCAACGUUGAUUAAACGGUCCCCAUCCUACUGCCAGUACCCGUCUCUUUCUGAAUAAUCGCCACCAUUAAACCCCGACGAUCCCGAAGACGCAAGGGUAGGGUGAUGACAACGGCAGGGAUUUGGAUAUUCACCAGCGUGGAAAAGUGGAACUUUUAUCGUCACUCCUCGUCGUGUCGCUAAUCAUAGUGCGGAUGGCACGCUUUGUGGAUAUAAGUUUUGUGAAGUGUUCUCUAUCCCUGGAGAUUUCACUGGACCUUAUUGACCUCGUAUAUAUCAUGAUUGCGUAUAUUUGUUUUCAGGACCUAAUUCAGGAUGGCCAGAGCUUAUGGGAAUAGGCUACGAGGAGGCCAUUGACAAAAGAAAUCCGGAUGAGCAUGGAUUCCAGGUUGAUAAUGGUCCAACGGGAUUUCCGCGAGCAGACGAUGUGACCUUCCGUCGUGUGUUGGUGGAUGUGGAAAAGGCUGGAAAUGUAGCCGUCGUUCCAAAAUUUGUCAAGGUUGAGAUCCAUCUGUAUGCUUACUGGGUUUCUAGAUUAGAAUAUGUGUCUCCUGCAGUGGAAAAAGCGAAUUCUUGCUUUUUAGUGUCUACCCUGAUUUUCUAUUGCAGUGGCUCGACUGGAGAACCUUUGUGCAUGCAAUAACUAGCAACGCAUUUGCAUCCAUGACCACGUUCAAUAUCCACUUGUGUCCCACUUCUGUCUUUCAGAUUUUCUUCCCCAGAAGCCACUUGUCCUCUCAGAUGAUAGAUCAGUGACAACUCAGAGGCAUGAACUCUCAACUUGCAAGCUUUACAGAGUGUUCUGUCGUUCUGUCGUUCGGCCCGAGUGUGCUUCUCGCAGCCUCCGCUUAUCACAAGCCAAACAAACCGUCUCGUAGAAUUAGGGGCUUCUUUUUUUAACAGGGUUUCAUUCUGUCGAGAAGAAAUGUUAUUCCUGCUUUGUUCUCUCAAGUAUCGAAUAGUCAUUCAUGUCAUCCCCUGUCACUAUCCGGGCCCUUAAAUGUUCAACUUGGGAGCUCAACGGGAGAGCGAAAAGCUCGACUGCCUUUUCGACAAUUCCUGUGCUUGGCAUGCAUAUAAUGAUUAUUCGCUGAAAAGUGCUUCGACGCUUGGGCUCGAAAUCAGUGAUGGUGAUCUGCUUGGAAAUCUCGAGGUUAAAGGUUUACUCUCGCUUGAUUCACAAGCGUACACCAGAGCGGGGUAUGAGCUGAGCGCUAAAUAAUGGUCACCUAAUCAUUUGGACUAAAUCAAUUCUUGUUCACCU